UCCUCCAUAGGUAGUAGAGAGGGAGGUGAGAUCGUCAGUCAGAACAGAGCCACCACCACCACCCACCGUGAGGGAGAGAGAUAGGGUAGAGAGAGCGAGAGGAUCGUCGAUGGUGAGGUAAGAACAGUGAUAGGAUAGUGAGGGAGAAGAGCAAGAACACCCAUCCAACACCCAUUCCCCCAUCUGCAUCGCAUCUUAGGAUAGGAUUUCUUCUUCUUCUUCUUCUUUGGUUCUUUGGUUUGCUGCUGAUCUCUUCUUGACAAAGAAAACAAUGGAGGUGUUGGGGGCGGUGCGAGCUCUGCAGAGAGUGAGCAUCCCCGGCAGCAUCUGAUCUUCUUCUUCCUCUUUGUAGAUGUUCUGUUAGGCCAUUCUUUGUUCCUCCCUAACGAUUCGUUGAUUCUUUUGUACUAAGCAGGCAUUCUGCAGAGUCCAAAACCACCACCACUAAAAUUCUUUCCUGCAUAUACAGCAGCAUACACAAACAUUACAUUCUUUUUUUCGGUUCCUUUUCUUCUCUCGUUUUCGUUACUGGCCCAAAGGGAACUGACAAAUUCCUUCCAAGAACCAACAUUCCUCUGUUUUUAGCGACUCCAUUUGGUUUUCUUCAUCGAUCCAUUCGUACACUCCACCUCACUGACCACAUACCAGAGAGAGAGAGAGAGAAACACACACUAGAGAGUGAGAGAGCAGAGUGUGAUCAGCAGAGGAGGAAGAAGAAGAGACUACACCGCUGGUGACGCUUGUCUCAGGGAUGUUGGCAGGCUGCUCGUUCUCGUCCAGGCAUCAGAUGAGCACAGCGCAGCGCCUGCCAUGCGGAUUCUCCAAGCGAGGCGGCCGCGGCGACACCGGCACCGGCGCCGCCCCGCGCGGCGAAGGCAGGGGAGGCAACGGCACCUGCUCCUUCCGGCCUCACCCGGCGCCGCCGGUCUCCCAGGCGGUGUCCUGGGGCGCCAAGCCGGAGCCCGGCGUCGCCGACGGCGGCUGGGACAUGAGGAGUAGCAGAGCCGUUAAGCGCCAGCACGAGGAGGAGGAGGAGGAGGAGUAUGGCCCCGUCGUUCGCGCCAAGCGGACGAGGGUGAUGGGUGGCGACGGCGACGAGGUAUGGUUCCAUCAAUCCACUGCAGGGGACGCCAUGAUGCAAGCGGCCGCCGGAGAAGGAGGAGAGGAGGCGGAGGAGCAGAAGGUCUUUCUUGUGCCCAGCGCCGCGGCGUUCCCCCACGGCAUGGCGGUCGCGGGGACGUCGUCGCUGGCCCCGGCCAAGCAGGAGGAGUACAGCAAGUCGCCGUCGUCCCAUUCGUCGUCUUCGUCGGGCGGCACGGACGGUGGCUCCUCGGCAAUGCCGCCGGUUCUUGAGCCCGCCAUCACGAGGAGCGUCGUGCCGGAGGCGGAGAGCCAAGCGCUGGAGCUAGUGGGCGCGCUCACGUCGUGCGCUGAAUCCCUGGCCGUCUGCAACUACGACGCCGCGAACUACUACCUGGCGCGGCUCGGCGAGACGGCCUCGCCGGCGGGGCCCACGCCGCUGCACCGCGUGGCCGCCUACUUCGCCGAGGCGCUCGCGCUCCGCGCGGCGCACAUGUGGCCGCACGUGUUCGACGUCACCCCGCCGCGCGAGCUCACCGACGGCGCCUUCCACGACGACGACGACGCCAUGGCGCUCCGGGUGCUCAACAGCGUCACCCCGAUCCCGAGGUUCCUCCACUUCACGCUCAACGAGCGCCUCCUCCGCGCCUUCGACGGCCACGACCGCGUCCACGUCAUCGACUUCGACAUCAAGCAGGGGCUCCAGUGGCCGAGCCUGCUGCAGAGCCUCGCGGCGCGGCGUCCGGAGCCGCCGUCGCACGUGCGGAUCACCGGCGUCGGCGCGUCGAGGCAGGAGCUGCAGGACACCGGCGCGCGGCUCGCGUGCGUGGCCGCCGCGCUGGGGCUCGCCUUCGAGUUCCACGCCGUGGUCGACCGGCUCGAGGACGUGCGCCUGUGGAUGCUCCACGUCAAGCGCGGGGAGCGCGUGGCCGUUAACUGCAUCCUCGCCGCGCACCGCCUGCUCCGCGACGAGACCGGCGGCGCCAUGUCCGACUUCUUCGGGCUCGUGCGCAGCACUGGCGCCGCCGUCCUCCUCCUCGGCGAGCACGAGGCGGCCGGGCUCAAUGCCGGGCGGUGGGAGGCGCGGUUCGCGCGCGCGCUGCGGCACUACGCCGCGGCGUUCGACGCGGUGGGCGCGGCCGGCCUGCCGCCCGCCAGCGCCGCCCGGGCAAGGGCGGAGGAGAUGUUCGCGCGGGAGAUCCGCAACGCGGUGGCGUUCGAGGGCCCUGACCGGUCCGAGCGGCACGAGAGCUUCGGUGGGUGGCGGCGGCGCAUGGAGGACGGCGGGUUCCAGAACGCCGGUAUCGGCGACCGUGAGGCGAUGCAGGGGCGGAUGAUCGCGAGGAUGUUCGCGCCGGGCAAUUACGGCGUGCACCCACAAGGCGACGGAGAGGGGCUCACGCUCCGGUGGCUGGACCAGCCGCUCUACACCGUGAGUGCAUGGACGCCGGCCGGCGACGGCGCAGGAGGUAGCACGACGGUGUCCGCGUCCACCACGGCGUCACAGUCUCUGCAGAGCUGAACAUGAAGUGAAGAAGAAGAAAGAACUGAUCUUUUUCAGUGGUUCUUUUGCUGCUAAUGAUUCAUUCAAUUAGUCCAUAAUACAAACUGACCAUUCUUUUACACAUUCAUUCAUCAUCGGAACAAGUAGAAGAAGCAUAGAAAAUGUAGCUUUUCUCUUUUAUUUUACAUGAUAGGAGCAAAAAUAUUCAAUUGUUAUUAGUUAUGUAAUAAUUCUUUAUUCUUUUGGCUGCUUGAACCAGCUGCAAUGUAGAAGAAGCAGGGACAUUUCACAGCAUAAUAUUACAUUACAUUCUUUUCAGCCAUUAUAUGUAACUUGUAAUCUUUGUUCAGAGUCAGAAAUGAAAUUGAAUCACAAGACUAUUUCAUCCA